CUGGGUUUUCCUUUUGUGGAUUUGUCUCCAUGGAUAUUCAUUUUCGUUUGGAUAGAUUUGAGUUAGGGUUUCAUGGCUACGAUCGGGUUUUCCAUUUGUGGAUUUGUCUUUUGGUUUUGUGGAUAUGAGUUCGUUCUUCUGUGGAUGUUAUUUCUGGGUUUUGUGGAUAUGCUUUGUGUUCAUUCUGAUAUUAGUUCUGUUAGGCAAGAUAUGCGUUCUGUUCCUUCUGGAUAUCCGUUAUUUAUUGACUGUGUUGUCGUUUGAUGUAUCUUGAUAUUUGUUUAUUUUGAUCAUGAUAUCAGUUAUGACUUUCUUGGAUAGUUGUUUGAUUGGAUCUGGGUAUUUGUAUGUGCAGAUAUUUAACAAUGGCAAGGACUAAAACAACCAAGAGGAAACAGCGACCGACUCCACGACAGCCACCACCACCGCCCCAGCCAGAUGAAAAUGAAGAAGAAGAAAAUGUUGAAGUCGAAGAAGAAGGAGCUGCUAAAGAAGCUGCUGAAGUCGAAUCAGGUGGAAGUGCAGAAGAAGAUGCUGAAGCUGAAGUAGAAGGAGCUGAACAAGGAGCAACUCGAGGUCAAAGCAAGGCGAGGUACAGAUUUCGGUGCACUCUAAAUCUCUGCUACAUGUUAUAAUCUGUUUUGUGUGCGUUCUGAUAUUAUUUAUUUUGAUUCUGGAUAUCCAUUGUGUGUUGCUUGGAUUGUUUCUUUGAUAUUUCUGGAUAAUUGUUUUUAAUCAGCAUGAUAUGGGUUCUGACUUGCCUGGAUAAUUGUUUGAUAUAUCUGGAUAUUGAUUUUGGACAAGUAUGAUAUCCGUUGUGACUUGGCUGGAUAAUUGUUUGAUAUAUCUGGAUAUGUGUUAUUAACCAGCAUGAUAUAUGUUGUGACAUGCCUGGAUAAUUGUUUGAUAUAUCUGGAUUUUUGUUUUUUAUCAGCGUGAUAUCCGUUGUGACUUGGCUGGAUAAUUGUUUGAUAUAUAUGGAUAUGUGUUAUUACCAGCAUGAUAUAUGUUGUGACAUGCCUGGAUAAUUGUUUGAUAUAUCUGGAUAUUGAUUUUGGACAAGCAUGAUAUCCGUUGGGACUUGGCUGGAUAAUUGUUUGAUAUAUCUGGAUAUGUGUUAUUAACCAGCAUGACAUAUGUUGUGACAUGUCUGGAUAAUUGUUUGAUAUAUCUGGAUUUUUAUUUUUUAUCAGCAUGAUAUCCGUUGUGACUUGGCUGGAUAAUUGUUUGAUAUAUAUGGAUAUGUGUUAUUAACCAGCAUGAUAUAUGUUGUGACAUGCCUGGAUAAUUGUUUGAUAUAUCUGGAUAUUGGUUUUUGAUGAGCAUGAUAUCCGUUGUGACUUGGCUGGAUAAUUGUUUGAUAUAUAUGGAUAUGUGUUAUUAACCAGCAUGAUAUAUGUUGUGAGUUGCCUGGUUAAUUGUUUGAUAUAUCUCGAUAUUUGUUCGUGCAGGGCUAAGCUCACCGUGAAGAGACCACGACAAAAUCCAUCGCCGUCACCACCGCCACAGCUAGAGGAGGAUGAGGAAGAAGAAGAUGCUGAACUCGCAGCUCAAGUUCGUGCACAGGCCCGCGUUCCACAGGCCCACGUUCUAGGACAAAGCAAGCCGUGGUACAGAUUUCGGUGCCACACCAAAUCUCUGCUAGAUGUUAUAAAAUACUGGAAGGAAGAGCCAAGGUACUACGAAGCAUGCAAGAAGGAGUUGGAGAAGGCAGGAUUUGGAGGGCUAUUGGAGCUUCCGGAUUUGGAGGGCUAUUGGAGCUUCGUCUGGCAAAUGUUCCUAAGAAGUUGUUCGAUUCCUUGAUGGCACAGUUUGAUGUGCAGACCCAUUCAUUCAUUUUCGGUGAAGGGGAUAACAAGAAGGUGCUUACCAUCGAAGCUGAGGAUGUUGCCCGUGUAUAUGGGCUGCCUAUUGGUGGUGCUGAGAUUGAUGUCGUCAAGUCUAACGACAAGAUGCUUGAAAUGUUCAAGGAGGAGCUCAACAUGGAGUGUACUCGUAGUCGAAAUGUAGAAGUUAUGGAUCUUAGAGAGGAAGCAUGUGGUGGUCCAGAUGAUGCACCGAAAAGGAGACCACCUGUUUCAGCAGCGGUGAAGCAAUUUUUGUUGCUUGCUCUUGGUUCAAUGCUUGCCCCAAAGAUGUCCAAACUUUGUGAUCUCGAUUAUGCAGAGUACAUGGUUGGAAGGAUGGAGGACAUUGCCACUUUUAAUUGGAGUGGUUUUGUUGCUCGUAAUCUGAAGUUUGAGUUGGGUCGGGUUAAGGAAAAUGAAGCUGAUGCUAGGGCGCGUGGGAAACAGCAAUGGCCCCUCGGAGAUAUCCACUUCUUAAUGAUCCAUUUGCUAGACUUCCUUAAUGUGAGAGGGUUUGCCACCAAAACCAUCCCGACAUGCAGCUAUUGGUUCGACCCAAGGGUGGAUAAGGUGUGCUCAAAUAUCCCCAAGGUAGCUGACAAAUAUAUCAUGGGUCCCAUGUUGUUGUCAAGGGAAGAAGUGAGAUCCCGCUUCCGUCCAGAGCGUGUCAGGAGGGAUUGGGAAUCAGGAUCGAGCAGCUCGGCUCCUGCUACUGAUUGGUGGGCGGAUGUCGACUUGGAAUCCCUUGAGGACGAUGAGCUUAAGGCAUUGGAGUCAUUGACUGAAAAAAUGGUGGAUGUAUGGGAAACAAGGCGGGAUAGAAUCUGGAGAGUCGUCAUUAUGCGCCAUCAAGGAAACAAUUGAACUUUGCAAUUCUCUUCUGUUUAAGUGGUUGUAAUGUUAUUGUUAGGAUGUUAUAUUUGCCAUGUUGGAAUGGCUGAACAAAAGUUUGUUUUCUUGUUAAGAAUCUGUUACUUUUAUGUAUUGUUGGUUCUGGAUACUAUUUCUUUUCAUGAUUGCUUUGAACAAAAGUUUGUUUACUGU